AUGGCAUGUUUUCAUGAAGUUCUUAUGAUCACAUUGUUUUACGGUCUUAUCUUACCAACAUGGGUAGUUGGAAAACAGCAAAUACCAUGUUACUUCAUUUUUGGAGACUCCUUAGUCGACAACGGCAACAAUAAUCACUUGGUUACUUUCGCCAAAGCCAUUUACCUUCCUCAUGGCAUCGACUUCAGCUCUGGACCAACCGGAAGGUUUUGCAAUGGCCGCACCUUCGCUGACUUCACUGCUGAACAUUUGGGUUUCACUAGUUACAUUCCUCCAUUUGCUUCUCCAAAUGGGUCCAAUAUUCUAUUAGGACUAAAUUACGCAUCAGCAGCAGCAGGAAUUCGCAGCGAGACUGGCCGUCAUCUGGGUGAUCGGAUAACGUUUGAUCAGCAACUGGAAAAUCACGAAAUGACAGUGUCGAGUAUUGGAGAGAUUCUAGGAGGAGCUGAUUCGGCAUCGACUUACCUAAAGAAGUGCUUCUAUCAGAUUGGAUUUGGCAGCAAUGAUUACCUUAACAACUAUUUCAUACCAUCUGUGUAUGAAACCAGCAACAUCUUUACAGUUGAGGAAUUCACCAAAGUCCUCAUUCAACAAUAUAGUAGCCAGAUUCUGGCAUUAUAUAACUAUGGAGCAAGGAAGGUAGCUCUUAGUGGUUUGGGUCCGAUUGGUUGCACCCCAUAUGAGCUGUCUCGUCACUCUUCGAAUGACUCUUGUGUAGAAUACAUCAAUACAGCGGUUCGAUUGUUCAAUCACAAUCUCAAGUUACUAGUUGAUGAGCUCAACAACGACACGAGCCUACAAGAUGCUAAAUUUAUCUACUUGAACUUCUAUGAUAUGAGUAUGGAAGCCAUUCAACAACCUUCUUCUGUCGGAUUAAAGGUGGUGAAUAGCGCGUGUUGUGGAACGGGGUUGAACAAUGGUGCUCUUACAUGUCUACCGUUUGAAGUUCCGUGUUCGAACAGGGAUGAAUAUUUCUUUUGGGAUGCAUAUCAUUCUACCGAAGCAGCAAACAAGAUAGCCUCAAGAAGAGCAUAUCUCACAGUUAAUCCUUCAGAUGUUCAUCCCUUUGAUAUUUAUCACUUGAUCCAACUCUAG